GCUGGAGGGGCCCGCUGCAGGAGUGUUGGAGACCGGGGGUGGAGAGUAUGAACGUCAUGCUUCGAGGGGUGUAUAUGUCGACUCUGAGACCAAGAGCACAACAGCUCCUGGAGAAGAGGAGCUCUCACCGGGAGCGCAUGCUGUACAGCGGGAAGAGGAGACUCAACACUGGCAGUCUCGCAGAGUGUUGGAGACCGGGGCUAGCGAGCAUGAACGUCAAGCUUCGGAGGGUGCGUCUGUCGACUCAGAGAGCAAGAGUACAGCAACUUCGGGGGGAAGAGGAGCUCUCACAAGAAGCGGAUGCUCUCCAACGGGAAGAGGAGACUCGACCAUGGCCGGCUCGCGAAGUGUUGAAGGGGCUCGACGCCGGAGUGUUGGUGACCGGGACGUCCGAAGAGGUUCUGCACAGUAAGUCGUUUGUGGCGACGACACAAGAGAGUGACGUUAAGGAAGGCGAAGAACCCGUGGUGGAAGGCGGUGUGGUGGCGGUCGGCAUCCUGAUGGAUCCAAAGCGGAAAGAUCAUGAUUCUCCGUCCACCCGCGGUGAAGAACAAGGUGAUCAAGCGUCUGUCCUCUGUACCGGUCGGGAAAUGGUACUUCAGGAAGCCAUCGAGUUGGGUAGCGACUUAGCUGCCACCGAGCUGUUAACGACUCAGCCUGCCACGUCAGCUACAGUGACACGUGAGCAGUGCCAUGUCAGCAGUGCCACGUCAGACACAGUGCCAUGUAAGCAGUGCCACGUCAGCAGUGCCACGUCAGCAGUGCCACAUCAGCAGUGCCACAUCAGCAGUGCCACGUCAGCAGUGCCACGUCAGCAGUGCCACGUCAGCAGUGCCACGUCAGCAGUGCCACGUCAGACACAGUGCCACAUAAGCAGUGCCACGUCAGCAGUGCCAUGUCAGACACAGUGCCAUGUCAGCAGUGCCACGUCAGCAGUGCCACGUCAGACAGUGCCACGUAAGCAGUGCCACGUCAGCAACAUGACGGGCUUGCCAGGCCAACUGCCCAACCAGUCCCUUGCAGCCUACAAGCAGCGGUUCCAGGCUCAGAUCGAGGCUGAGGAACAACGCCAGCUGGCAGCCGAGGCUGCCCGCGUACAGGCUGAAGAGGCAGCAGCGGCAGAGCAACUGCGGCUACAGGCCGAUGCAGACGCAGAUGCCCAGGCUCGCCGCAAGGAAGCCGAGGAUCUGCUGCAGCGGCAUGAAGCCAGCAGCAUCGACAGACUCGAGUUCUGGCACUUUGAACCGAACGGCGACGAUCCAACACCAGAAGAGAAGCAUAAGGAGUUUCUCUCCAAACUCGUGACACGGUUGUUGUACACUUGCAACUACCAACGGUCUGAGUUGGAGAAGCAGUACCAAGACCUGACGCAAGCUUCGCCGGAAUCUAUCCCCAGGGACUCGACGUCAUGGUCAAGACUUGAAGAGCUCGAUCUGUUGACGUUCACGGACUUCCAGUGGAUGCCCGUUCCCUCGACCGGACGAUUGCCGAAACCUCAUUGCAACGUGCUUAUGGCACAAUUGCGGGAUUACUUGCACGCUGUAGUACCCACUCCGUUGAUGGACGUCGAAGUAGAGGUUGUCGACCUUUACGCCCACACUGCGAAGAUCGACCGCGAGUUCAAGACGCAACGGUACGACGACAUCGACGCACCAUUGCUAUACGUACGCAUUCAGAACGGAGAGGCGACCUGCAGCGCCUUGAUCGAUUGUGGAGCCACUCGCAACUACAUCAGCCAGGACUUCAUGGUGCGCGCCGGCCUUGUCCCACGUGUCCGAAGGAAGUCCCAGCCUACGCAAGUCACGUUGGCAGACGAUCACACGCACAAGUCAAUCGACCGAUGCAUCGACGACGUCCCAGUGUACUUUGCCCCUCACGCAAGUGAGGCGGUGUCCUUCGACAUUCUGGACACCAAAUUCGACAUGAUCUUGGGCAUGUCAUGGCUGCGAAGCAAGGAUCACCCGGUGAACUUCUUCAACCGCACCGUUCACGUUCGUGAUCGGAACGGAGUAUUAGUUCCAUGCACGGUCCCUCUUCCUCAUCUUUCAAUCAGCUGCCACGCGGUAUCCGCCGCAAACAUGCGAGUUUCUAUCAUUAGAGACGACAUCGAGGAGAUGGGGGUGUGUUUUCUCCACGCCCUCCCGCCCCGAGACGCUUCAUCGACGGACUCAUCUUCGGAUCCACGCAUCACCGAACUUCUCGACGCCUACAGGGACGUGUUCGAAGGCUCGCACGGAGUAGUACCGGAUCGACCCAUCCGCCACGAGAUCAUCCUCGAGGACGGGGCCGUACCUCCGCGCGGUUGCAUCUACCGCAUGAGCGAAGAAGAGUUAAGUGUGCUCUGUGCACAACUCGACGACCUUCUAGAGAAAGGCUGGAUUCGGCCUACUUCAUCGCCAUACGUCAGGAACGCCGACCCUCUCCCACGCAUCGACGAUCUUCUCGAGCGACUGGGCGGCGCCAAGUUCUUCUCCAAGCUGGAUCUCAAGUCAGGGUACCACCAACUCGAGAUUCGCAAGAAAGAUCGCUACAAGACCGCGUUCAAGACACGGUAUGGGCAUUUCGAAUGGCUGGUCAUGCCAUUUGGCCUUACGAAUACCCCAGCCACUUUCCAAGCGGCUAUGACAAUGGAGUUCCGACACAUGCUGGAUCGAUACGUGCUUAUCUACCUCGACGACAUCCUGGUGUACAGCCGGAGCUUGGAGGAGCAUGUGGAACACCUGCACACCGUUUUGGAGCGGCUACGUCAAGCCAAGUACAAAGCCAACCGCGACAAGUGCGAAUUCGCGCGGCAGGAGCUGGAGUACUUGGGACACUAUGUGACGCCGCAAGGCAUCCGUCUGCUUGCGGACAAGAUCGAGGCCCUACGAGUACGGCCCGAGCCCACAAACACCACAGACGUUCGUUCAUUCAUGGGGUUGGGGGGCUACUAUCAGCGAUUCAUCAACGGAUACUCCAGGAUUGUUGCACCUAUGACGAGGUUACAGUCGCCAAAGGUGCCAUUCGUAUUCGAUGACGACACACGCCGGUCAUUCCAAGCAUUUAAGACGACCAUGCUCAUGGCACCCGUCCUCUGCAUCUAUGACCCCACUCUGCCGACGAGAGUGACUACGGACGCUUCCCGCUACGGCAUUGGGGUAGUCUUGGAACAGCACGAUGGCGACGACUCGCACCCUGUGGAGUAUUUCAGCCACAAAGUGUCUCCCAUCAAGUCGCUUGAUGAUGCAAGGAAGAAGGAGCUACUCGCUUUUAUCAUGACUCUCAAGCGAUGGCGGCACUUCCUCCUUGGGCGUCGUAGGCUCACAUGGGUUACGGAGAACAAUCCAUUGACCUACUACAAGACGCAGGAUACGGUGAGCAGCACGAUCGGACGAUUGAUGUACUUCAUCGAUCAGUUUGACUUCACACCGAAACAUCUACCCGGCCUCUCAAAUUGCGCAGCAGAUGCACUCUCACGAAGACCAGAUCUUUGCGCUAUGACACAUCAUGCCUUCGCAUUUGACGAGGAGCUUCAGCGACACUUCAUCCGGGCAUAUCAGUUUGAUCCGGACUUCGGCACGCUCUAUGCACAGCUAUCUUCGGAUCACCCGCCGGCCAGCCAUUACUGCAUUGUCGACGGGUACUUGCUCCUCCACUCGAGAGGCAAGGACUUACUAUGUGUCCCACGCAACCUUCGUCUUCGGACUCGCCUCCUCGGCAAGUAUCAUGAUUCACGACUCGCCGGCGAUUUCGGAGUGAACCGCACUAUUGCACGACUUCGACAGCGAUUCCGAUGGCCUGACCUCAUUACCGAUGUCACUCAGUAUUGCGACUCUUGCGAAGUUUGCCGACGCAGCAAGCCCCGCAACCGCAAUCCCUACGGCGAGUUACACCCGAUGCCUAUUCCACGGGAACCCGGUCUCUCCAUUGCCAUGGACGUCACCGGUCCGUUUCCUCGCGACCGGCUCGGGCACGACGGUAUCCUCACGGUUGUGGACCGAUUGAGUAAGUACGCACGUUUUCUUCCUUGCAAGUACCACUCCACGGCUCCCGAGCUGGCACGCCUUCUGCACAUGGGUUGGAUUUGUGGCUACAGUGUACUAGAAGACAUUGUCAGCGACCGCAACACUCGUUUCAUGUCAGCGUUUUGGACUGCUCUCAUGCAGGAGUCCGGCAUAACCAUGAAACCAAGUUCGGCUUGGCACCCUCAGACAGACGGGCAGACGGAGCGGGCACAUCAAACCUCUCAAAUGAUGCUUCGUACGCUCAUCCGUUCGGACCUGAAAGAUUGGGUUGACCGCCUCCCCGACAUCGAGUUCGCCUACAACACUUCGGUGCACCCGGCGAUCGGCGUGACUCCAUUCGAGUUGCACCACGGUGGACGGAAAGGCCGUAUCUUCGCCGACCUUCUCCUCCCUCGACCAGCCGACAUUGACGUUGCCUGCUCUCUCGCUUCCGUCCGGAAGCACAGGGAAUUGCUGACUCAAGCCCGCGCAAAUAUGCAAAAGGCUCAAGUUCGCAUGCAGCAGCAAGCCAACAGGCGUCACGUACCAUGUCCCAUUCGCGCCAGUGAUCUGGUUUGGGUCUCCGCGGAAGAGUUUGCACUGGAACAGGAUGUUUCACGCAAACUGCUUCCCACGUGGUUUGGACCCUGGUCUGUGACAGCAGCCGCGGGCGAUGAGCGCGAUGGCCCUUCAUUUGUGAUCAACAUUCGAGAGCAUAUGACGGUCCAUCCGGUCUUCCACGCCUCGAAGCUGGCAACAUACACGCCAGCCGAGAGCGACGACUUUCCGGGCCGACGAUCGCAGGACCCUCCUUCUAUGGAUGGCCAUCAGGAAGUUGACCGCGUCAUCUCCGAUCGCAAGUACGGCAGCAAGCCGCGGCAGUACAAAGUCACAUUCAAAGCAUGCGAUCGCGACGACACUCGGUGGAUWUCAGGCGCAGAUUUAAAAGCAUCCGCACCGCUGAUCAACGCGCAUUAUGAAAAGCGGAGGUUAGCUCAGGAAGCUUCACGACAAGUCCCUCCCACCCGGACUGUGGUCCCUCCCUCAGACAGACAGCUUCGCCCUCGCAGCCAACCCAUGCCAGACGGUGACAUCGCCUUCCUCCCCGUCAGCAGCUCCAGCAGGAUAACGCCGAAGGCGUACACGUGUCACGUCUAUCUUCUCCGACAAAAUCCCCGACCUUAUGUACGCCAUGUACCCGAAAGUUCCCGCCAUGUGCGACGUCUUCACCACGGUCUCGUGCUCUGUCCCAAGAACCCUCUCUCUGAUGGUCCGCUAUCGAAUACCAAAGUCCGCUACAAGGACCCGCAUCUUCUUCCCGGCGCCAUCGCCAAGAAGCAGGUUGCUGCUCUUGAUGUCCCGGUGGAUGAUCGGGGGAUCGGCACCGUCGUGAAGGUAGGGCAAGCCCUUGAUGAUCUGCAAGGCGAUGCACAAUCGCUCCAUCAGCGUCAGAGGUGGGAGAAGGGGUCUAGCGGGGACAGCUUUCUCUCUUGUGUGAAGGCGAGCGUACACACUGCCGCCUGCGAAGUAGGGAUAGACCAAGAUGGAACGAUUUCACGAGGUUGGCGUGCCGGAGUCUGCUCAACGUGUUCACCUCCGCGAGGAACAUGCGGCGCUUGGCCGGAUUAAGUUCGCCCGACAUCAGCUUGAUUGCCACUUGCUGAUUUUCGCCGAUCGAUCCCCAGUAAACGUCGCCGAAAGCC